GGUUGGCAACGCGUGUCGGCAAAGAAAUGUCAUAAUAAUUUAAGCAAUCCAAAUACAGUAGAUUGUUGUUAAAGUAUUUACCUGGGAAUGGCUGCAAUUGAGAAAGUGAAGGUCGUCGUCCUUGGGGACUCUGGCGUCGGAAAAACAUCUUUAACGUACCUAAUUGCCCACAAUAAGCCACUGCUUUCACCGGGGUGGACAGUGGGCUGUUCAGUUGAGGUGAAAUUGCAUAGAUACAAAGAAGGUACACAGGCCCAGAAUACAUUUUUUGUGGAACUAUGGGAUGUUGGGGGUUCAAAUAAUCACAGGAAUACUAGGAACGUUUUCUAUCAACCAACACAUGGAAUUAUUUUGGUGCAUGAUUUGACAAAUAGAAAAAGUCAAAUAAACCUCCAGAAGUGGCUGUCUGAAAUUUUAAAUCAAGAUAGUACAAAUCCGAAUUACCAACACGUAGAUGUGGAUCCAGAGCAGUUCCUCGGAUCUACUCAAAUUCCAAUUCUUGUGAUCGGCACGAAAUAUGACUUAGCCGAAGAGAAGCAAAGGAAAAAUCAAUAUCGAAGAUUAGCGAGUAGUAUAGCAGAACAAUGCGGGGCCGACGAAAUAUUUGUGAAUUGUUAUCAAGCACGAUCUCUCGCACCCGGUACAACCAACUCGGUGAAAUUGACGCGAUUCUUUGAUAAAGUGAUCGAGCGGCGCUACUACUCGCGCGCGGGCUCCCUCGCGGACAAGCGGCGGCCCAUGCCGCACGUGCUGGCGGGCGCGUCGCCCGCGGCCGGCGCGCGCCCGCCGCAGUACCUCAGCCCGCGGUUCUACCACAUGGACUGAGUCGGCGUGGCCUCGGGCC